UGGCAGGAGCUGUAGUUACAGGGCACACGGGCUGGAAGCGCAGUCGUUGCGCGUUGUUGCAGGUGAAGCUCAGGCAGAGGGAUUAGUGAGCUCGGGAGGAAAGUGUUGGAGCAGCGGCCAGGGGAACUCACCUCCGCUGCACAAGUCGCACCCAUGGCGGGGGCAAGGAGCCUAUAGGAGUUUUCUUAUCUCACCGCAACGGCGAUCAGCACGGAACUGGCGUCCCCACUGCCCUUGUCUUGUCCUGUCAUUGAUGGGAAACCAACUGGAUCGCAUCACCCACCUGAACUACAGCGAGCUGCCAACUGGGGACCCCUCCGGAAUCGAGAAGGAAGAGCUGCGGGUUGGGGUGGCAUAUUUCUUCUCAGACGAGGAGGAGGACUUAGACGACAGAGGGCAGUCCGGACGCUUUGGGGUGAGGGACCCCAGCCCGGGAGAAGACGAAGGGCAUAUAGUUCUGAACGAGAUCGAGUUCUCUGCUUUCAGCUGCCAGGAAUGCAUCUUCUCCAAGAUCAGGGGGAACCAGGACCUCAAUGUGUAUCCAGUUCAAGGCUUGUUGUCCUUUUGCACACCAGGGGAUCUUGUGGAACUGCUCUUUAUUUGCCCCUCCAAGGACCAUCCACCCCCUCCCUCCCCUCACUGGGCAGUUUAUGUUGGCCAGGGACAGAUCAUCCACUUGCACAGAGGGGAAAUCCGGAAGGACAACCUUUUCGAGGUGGGUGGGGAAUGCAUGGGCAGGGUGGUUAGCAACUGGUAUCGGUACAGACCACUAACUGCAGAGCUGGUCCUUCAAAAUGCCUGCGGGCACUUGGGCUUAAGAAGUGAAGAGAUAUGCUGGACUAACUCUGAAAGUUUUGCAGCCUGGUGCAGGUUUGGAAACAGGGAAUUUAAAGCUGGCGGGGAGGUCCACACAGGAGACCUUCAGUACUUUCUGAAACUCCACCUAGAGGAGAACAACAUUCAUACACUGAGGUUUCACAGCCUGGAGGAGCUUAUAAAAGAGAAGCGUAGAGCAGACGCUGGAGGCAAACUGAGGUUCAUCAAGGAACUCUCCAUGGUGGAGAGGAAAGACUAGAACCUUUUGACUGUCCUACCUUCAGACCCUUCAGCUUUUGUUGAAUUAAAGCACCCAGCAUCUUCUGACAGAUGUAGUCCAUCAAUAGUUGAAGUGCUGAAGGUUGGACAUCCUGGUGAACGUGAAGGGAUAAUAGUAAUGGACGUUUACCCCUUAACUGACUUGCCAAAUUCUUUGCACCUUUUUUUGGACACCUUUCUAUGGAUCAUGUCAACAUUCCUGAAACCAGCAUUUACACCAUAGCCACUGUUUCAUUUGGUUUUAAAAAAACAUGGUAUAAAAAAACGAACAAAAAAAAUAAAAAGCAACAACAGUAUUCUUGGUUAUGUUGGCUGUAGUGUUGAUGUCUUCUUGAGCAAAUUAGCAACAUGCUAAAUAAAAUUUCAAAUUGAAAUUUUUUUUUUAAUUUUCAUGGCUUUUCUCCAUGAUCGUUUAAUCACAGAGGCCAAUAAAUUGGAUUUCUCUA